UCAGUGCCUAAAUCAGAGAUAGACUGAACAUUUCUGUUGUUUUCAUUUCAUUUAUCCAGGCGAUCUAAACGUGUACAUUUAUGACCACGACGAAGAUGACGACUUGAGCGCAAAGCAGCCAUUGUACAGACUAACCGGCCCUCAGACUGGUUUAAAUGUCUGGCUGCAGGCCCACGUUUAUACCUAUCCUAAUGAUGAUUACAAGGUCGGGCUGGAGUUCAUGGAGUCAAAUUCAAGAGACUUUAUCAUCGCAGUUGACGACUUAGAAAUAUUAGCGGGCUUUUGUCCAGAGUCGGACUUGAGCUUCAACUGCACGUUUCAAAAGCACUCCUGUGGGUGGACUCAGUCAGAGCAUGAUGAUUUCAACUGGCUUCUGGAACAAGGGCCGACCGUUACAGACGGCACAGGACCGGUGACUGACCACACUACUGGGGCUAUAACUGGCCGUUACUACUAUUUCCAGUCGAGAGGAUUAGUCUCCCCUCAGUAUGCUGUGCUCCUCAGUCCAAGAGUCAACACUGCUGGCAAUCAAAGCAACUCAUGGUGCUUCAGUUUUUGGUACAACAUGUACGGAGAAGAUAUAGGUGAAUUUGAGGCGAUCGUGACAACAAACCUGACCGAGCCUCUGGGCGCACCCAUCUAUCGUUUAUAUCAGCAGCAAACGAGUCAGGAUGUUUGGCUGCAGGCAAUGGCUAAUAUUAUCGAUCAAACCGAGGACUUCUAUGUCGGACUUGUCGGUCGUGCUGGUUCCCCAAUUUCUAACGGGGACAUAGGAAUCGACGACGUAGACAUUCAGCCAGGUUUAUGUCCAGUGGACUACUCCACAUAUGAAUUUUACUCUUUAUUACCUGACCAUUGCCUUCAAGACAACAGACCAUUCAACUGUUCCUUUGAGGAUGGGUAUUGCGGCUGGACCCAACGUGAGGGUGACGGGGAUAACUGGCUACUGGGAGCAGGCAGCACACCUUCCUCCGAGACUGGUCCUGAUGUCGAUCACACUUUAGGAGAUGAAACCGGAAGGUAUCUUUACUUUAAGGUUUCGACUCGGAACGCCAAGCCCAUAAUUGACAGUCCUGUGGUGGAAGUUGACACAGAGGAUGGAGUAGACUUUUGCUUUAGUUUCUGGUACAGCAUGUACGGGCGAUAUAUAGGUGUGCUUCAGGCGUAUGCGUACAACAGCACCAUGGAGGUUUUCGGCGCGAGAGGGGGACAGACAGGAAGGAGGGGAUGGCUUCAUGGGCUGGUCGACAUUGGAAGUGUAACUUCUCAUGUUAGUUUUUACUUCAAAGCAACAAGCAACGGAGGACUUCAUGGCGAUAUAGCGAUCGAUGACAUCAACCUGCGGAUGGGUUUGUGUGAAAGAGAUACAAACUUUAACUGCACUUUUGAAGAAGGGUCGUUAUGUGGAUGGGUGCAGUCACAAAACGAUGAUACCAACUGGCUUUUGGAGAUUGGAGAUACCGUAACAGCUGGCACUGGACCUGAAUCAGAUCACACCACGGGAAGUGGAUCCUAUCUUUACUUAGACGGGAACUUUACAUCUGAGGGCGAUACCGCUGUCUUACUUAGUCCUGUUGUGACACAUACUGGCAACGCGAUCUUCAGCUUCUGGUAUCACAUGUACGGCAGUGGACUAGGUCGUUUAGAUGUCUUCAAAACCCCAGAAAAUGGGAGUUUAUCCGAGGGUGACCGUCUCUUCACUUCCGGCGGAGGGCCAGGUGACCCAAGCUGGAUCCAGCACGAGGUACUGUCAGAAGUGACGUCAAGCUUCAGAAUAGCUCUCCGAGCAGUUCGUGGCCCAACGGGUCUGUCAGAUAUCGCAAUCGAUGACGUGGGAAUAGCAUUGAUCGAAGAAGAAACACCAACCACAGAAGUAACGACUAUCCAGCUAUCCACUACUGACCAAAGGAGCGUUAUGGCAACAACAGAGGCCUCGACCGACCAAACUUCCACUGCAGAAGCAACAGUCGAGCAAUCCACUACUGACCAAGAGAGUGGGAUUACAACAACAGAGGCCUCGAUCAACCAAACUCCCACUGCCGAAGCAACAAUCCAGCAAUCCACUACUGACCAAGAAGGUGGGAUGGCAACAACGGAUGUGUCGAUCGACCAAGCAUCCACUAGACCAGAAUCCACUGUUGGGGUAUCCGCAACUCGUCAAUUGAUUGAACAAACCACAGGAUCACCUAUCGACACCACCAGCCAAGCAUCCCCUUCAACAGACCCGCUGGUCGAUCAGCUUGCCACAACAGGUCUGCCAGGUCAGCUGCCAACCACUUCAACCAAUGAUGGACUAUCCACAGCAGGAGCACCGCUCGGGGAGUUAUCAACUCUCAGAGUAACGUCAGCUUCUGGAGGUCUCGUGCAGUUCGGCACACAGUUACUGGUUCUUGAACUGUGCGGUCAGCCUGCGGUUUUCAGUGAUCAACUCAGGGACAGUACCUCGCAACUAUUCCGCGAACGAGCAGUAUGUGUUCGCAAUGCAGUGAUUGCAGCCCUUCGCAGGUCACCUAGGACAUCCAAUGUAGUGGACUAUGAGGUGAUCUCUUUUCGUGACGGGAGUUUGUUGGUGAACGGUGUGGCCAGAUUCCCUCUCGACUCCGUCAUCGAGAGUGAAACCUUAAGAGAAGUGCUUCACAGCGACGCGACGGCCAAUAACGGACAAAUCGACAACUCACUCACCAUUGAUCAAUCGGGCACAGUCGUGACAGUUAUGUUGAAUAUGUUUGCUCCCACUGAAGUUUGCCCGGCAUAUCAUUGUCAAAAUGGAGGCGUGUGUACACAAUUCGGAAGUUUCCCAGAUUAUGUGUACACGUGCGAGUGUACGGAUGGUUACAGCGGGACCAAUUGCGAGGAAACAGAUGGACUUGUCAACGGUGGAAUCAUUGCCAUUGCCUCUACAGUCGGUGCAAUCCUGUUAUGCAGCAUCGUUGUCGCGAUGUGCAUGUGCUUCAUCAUGGCAAAUCGCUCUGAAAGCCUCUAUGAUGUUCAACGACGCAAACGUUUAGCACAACAGGAUAUGGACCAUGCCAGACAGCGUUAUCGCUACGGAGUGAGGAAUUGGACUCGCCCUGCUAUCAUGCCCCGCACCGUCUUGGCAAUGGACGAUGGUUCAAUGGACGACGCACGCGCAUUCUAUGGGGCCUAUGACUAUAGUACUAACUAUCGUAGAGAGGACGGCUUCUCGGGGCCUCCCAGUACAUCUCCAUACAUGAUACCCGGCCCAGCACUGAUGCGUCAAAUGGAUCAAGAAAUGAGAGACGAUUUCUUCUACUGAAUCUAGUCAUAAUGUUACUGUAUACUUCAGUAGCCUACAUGCAGUGUAUCAAUGCCGGUGUGUUAUCCGAAACCUUUUGCUUACUGGCCUUAAUUUUAUUCAGCUUCAUGGUGUUUUUCGUCAACAUUGAUUUUUAGAGGUGAACAUACUUAACCAGUCAAAUACUAAAAGAUGUAUCAAAACUAACAAUACAUAAAUAUCGUAACGUUUAUUUGUUUUUAUAUUCUAUUAUCAUACUGACUUUUAUUCAUUUGGGUAGCGUACAUAUACUUUUUAAUCGUAAAGUAAAAAUUGGAAAUGACGUCAGGGAAUUUGGGAUUGUUUAUAAUUGAAUAAAAAAGCAAUGUUUUAAAUUGUAUAUUACUGAUAUUUAUGUUACUGUAAUAGGUAUAUUUUUCAAAUGAAAUAGUCGUGUACACUACGUCAAUUUGAUUGCUAUGCAGCUUGAAGGUUUUAUAUUUAAUGAAAUGGAGGUUACGAAGUAAUGAGUAAGUUUGCGUUAGCACUAUUUGGCAAUUGUUGUGUGUGAAUUUGUGAGUUUCUUAAAAAACUGGGGGUAAUUCAACGUUUUAGGCGCAUAUUCUGCUCGUCGUUAUUUAUGGGAUUGAAAUAGUGAAUAUUACACGAACAUUUGUUCGAGUAGUUUGUAUAACACAGGAUUUAAAUUGGAACCACAUGGAAUUUUAAACAGGCUUUUUUAGGUUAUGUGCUGUAUUUUAUCUGUAUUAAUGUUAAUAUUUUUUUAUAUAUCUUUCUUUUUAGUGAAGUAGGCUACAUGUAUUGUGAUUUUUGUAAAAUAUUAUUUGUAAUUUUGUAACUUUUUUUUCAUUAACGUGUUUAAAUGUAAAAGGC